UUUCCUGAUCACAAACGCAGCUCAUGUUUCCACUGUUAUUAAUGCUCACUCUCUGCAGAAACUGACUGAGCUCACACACAGUGGGCAGAGGAGACAAAGCUCCAAACUUCUUCUGAAUCUGGCGCUCGGGAAAGGUUCGCGAGCCCAAAGACUGAUGUGGGAAACCUUUGUUGAAAUAAGGUACACUUUGCCCAAACUGAACAAAAUAAUGACUGAAAUACAGGAGCAAGGUGCCAGUCUAGUAAACCAGGUGAUUAUUGACCAAAGUGUACCAGAUGUACCCAGCACACUUAAAGAUGCUCAGCGAAAGCACAAGGAGAUGUUACUAAAACAAAGUGAGAAACUGGUAGUAAAUACCAUUCUGAUAAAGGAGAAGGUGAAGCACUUUCAGUUGGCUGAUCGCUACACGGAGCUAACAAUUAUUUCUGAUGUACGUGACCGGGAUCUGGUAGAACAUGAGCUGCUGGCGAGAGGCAGAGACCACGAGGAGUGGAGACAGAAGCAGCUCCGGGGAGAGCUGGAAAAAAUCCGAAUUGAUAAACUAUUCCACAGCAGUUUCUCUGGAGGAGGACUAUUUUCCCGGAUGAAAAAAUUCUACAAGAGAAGCGGAUCUGGCAAUUUCACAGGGACUUCCGCAGUAGUGAGUGGAGUGGCGGGGAUUGGAAAAACAACCAUGGUGCAAAAGAUUGUCCAUGACUGGGCCACAGGCAAAAUCUAUCCACACUUUCACUUUGUUUUUAUUUUUAAAUUCCGAGACUUAAACAGCCUUAACUGCAGAAUAACACUGAACCGCCUGAUCGUGGAGCAGUAUCCGUACCUCAAGGAUGUUUUGGAUGAGCUGUGGAAACACCCAGAGACAUUGCUCUUUAUAUUCGAUGGUUUGGAUGAAUUUAGGGGAAGUAUUGAUUUCGCUGACAUUCGGAGACACACAGAACCUCAGCGCAAGUGCACAGACCCUGAAUUCCGUUGUAAACUUUCUGACAUUGUGUACAGUUUAAUACAGAAAAAGCUGCUGCCGGGCUGCUCAGUGCUGGUGACCAGCCGCCCCACUGCAUUACAGUUACUGGCAAAGGCUCAGGUCAGUGUCUGGGCUGAAAUCCUGGGAUUUGUUGGUGAAGAGAGAAGGGAAUAUUUUCACAAGUUCUUUGAAGAUCAGGAGGUGGCGGCUGCUGUUUACAGCCACGUGGAGGAGAACGAGCUCCUGUUCACCAUGUGCUUCAACCCGUCCUACUGCUGGAUCCUCGCUCUGUCUCUGGGUCCCUUCUUUACACGGAAACACAGCAACAAACAGCGAGUUCCCAAGACAGUCACACAACUCUUCUCCUAUUAUAUUUAUAACAUACUAUCACAUCACAGUGUCAAGAUGGAAAGCCCCCGUGAUGUGAUGCUGAAGAUUGGUGAGAUGGCCUUCACUGGAGUCUCCCAGAGAAACAUUGUCUUUAAUGAGGAAGAUCUGAUCAAAUAUGACCUCCAGCCUUCCCAGUUCCUCUCUGGCUUUCUCAUGGAACUUGUGGAGAGAGAGUCUUCAGAGCACAGCGUGGUCUACACAUUCCCGCACCUCACCAUCCAGGAGUUUGUAGCCGCACUCGCUCAGUUUCUGCCUCAAAAUACAGAAAAUCUGCGGAAACUACUGAAUAAUGCUCACAAGGAGAAGGACGGCCGGUUUGAGAUAUUUCUGCGCUUUGUUGUGGGUCUCUCCUCCCCACGGGCAGCUCAGCCACUGGAGGAGUUUCUGGGUCCAUUUGUCCAUCAGACAAUCUGUGUGGUGAUCAAUUGGCUGAAGGAGAAGUUUAGAACUCACACGAAAUUCAGCAAAAGCAGCAGUGAGAAAAGGAAUCUGCUGAACACACUCCACUAUCUGUUUGAAUCUCAGAAUCAAGCCCUGGCACAGCAAACACUGGGCUCUGUACAAACACUGACAUUCGGUGAUCACUCUCCAGACAAAGCAUUGAGACUGACACCGAUAGACUGUGUUGUGGUGUCUCAGGCCAUUGGACUUUGUACCACAAUAAAACAAAUGGAUCUGAGGAGCUGCUACAUUCAGGAUGAGGGUCUUCAGCGUCUGGUUCCUGCUCUGCACAAGUGUCAGGAGUUGCAGAAUCUGGGAGAUUGUGGAGUGAAGCGACUGUGUGAGGCUCUGAGGAACUCGGAGUGUAAAAUACAAAGUCUGUGGUUGGACAGUAACAGACUGACCGAUGGCUGCACUGAUGAUGUGGUCUCCGCUCUCAGUACAAACCGCUCACUGAGGUUCCUGGACCUGAGCUCUAACUCCUUCACAGACGGCUCUGUCCGCGCUCUCCGCCGCCUCAUACAGACCUGCACCAGUCUGGUGUGGAUCGGGCUGUGGGAGAAUGAGUUCAGUUCAGACGGAAAGAAACAGCUGCGGUCACUGCGGGGAAUCAGAGCUGAGCUGUUAGUGAUAGUGUGACAAUGACUGAGGCAGUGACUGUCCACACAGUCUGUGUAAUAUGGAAUAUAUUCUGGA